AUGAGUGGCGACGGCGAGAGCAAACCUAUGGAGGAAAUCCAAAACGACACCGUUUCCAAUGGUCAACCUAUUGACUCUAGUGAUCGUUACCACGACAGAGAAGCCCUUUUGAAGGAAACCAACCUAUUGCGAGACACUUUAGAGCUUAUUUUGUCGAAAUCUAUUGAACAAAAGAAAACCUGCGAACAAUUGGCCCAGGAAAACCGAUAUUUACAAGAAUAUGUGGAAAACUUCAUGUCAUCGGGAGACGUUACUGAAAGAUAA